AUGGUUGUGGCGCGGCGGCAACAGCAGCGGUGCUGGCGGGUGCCAGUGCUGCUUGCGGUUUAUUUGAGCUAUGUGGGCCUGGGCGCCGGUGUGCUCCAGGCGCUGGAGCGGCCGGUCGAGGUGCAGGCGGCUCAGCACCUCCUGCAGCAGCACUGGGAGCUGCUCGGCAACCACACCUGCCUGCAGGGGCCCGCCCUGCAGCGGCUCAUUGAGGGUAUCAUCCAGGCCUACAAGAGUGGCAUAACCCUCCAGGGAAACACCACUAGCUUGGGCAAGUGGGACUACAGUGGGUCUUUCUUUUUCUCCAUUUCUGCAGUAACAACUAUUGGCUAUGGGAAUCUGAGCCCCAGCACUGCAGCUGGUCGAAUCUUCUGCAUCUUGUUUGCACUGUUUGGGAUCCCUUUGAACCUUGUCCUCCUCAACGAAAUUGGGCAGCUGAUGCUGUUGGGGGUUCAGCAUUGUGCCCAUUGCCUAGAGGAGGUGUUUCACUGGCGGAAAAAAACUUCCUUUCUGAUUAAGACCUGUGCACUGGUAACUGGCUUGUUAUUGUUCCUCCUGCUACCUCCCUUGUUGUUUUCUGACAAAGAAGGAUGGUCUUAUGAAGAAGGCUUCUACUAUUCCUUUAUUACCCUCAGCACCAUAGGGUUUGGAGAUUAUGUGAUUGGGAUGAACCCAGAUCGCACCUAUCCAGGCUGGUACAAGAAUGUAAUCUCUCUGUGGAUCCUCUUUGGGAUGGCCUGGCUAGCACUGGUUAUCAAAUUUUGCAUCAACUUUCUAGAGAGCUACAGUGACUUCUGUCAAUGCAACAAGAAGAGCACAGACAUGGCAGACGACUUCAUGGAUGGCAACAAAAAUAAUAUGACAGGACUUCACAAUGUGGAGAUGGGCAAUGGCAAAGACAGAAAGCCAAAAGGACCAGAUGAAUCUCAUACCAACAUAGGUCCUACAGAAGCACCGUAG